UUGCCCUAGAGCCGGUCAUACUGGAAUUGUGAUCGUGCGGCCUCUGUUUUCUGCUUGGAAGCUUUUUAGGGGUCAUGCCUGCCUACAGCGCAAACGACGAUGCUCUGACGACCAAGCUGGUGACCUUUUAUGAGCACCCCACGGACCCGGCGGUUCCUUCACACCAAGCAACGAUCCUCCUAUUUGAUCCCAGCAAUGGCGCUCUCCAGGCGGUCAUGGAUGGCAGCGUCAUCACCGCCAAGCGAACAGCGGCGGUUUCUGCAAUAGCGACUAAGCUCCUAAUGCCAGCAAAUUCCGAAGUCUUGUGCAUCCUAGGAGCCGGGGUUCAGGCCUACAGCCAUUAUGAGAUUUUCACUGAGCUAUUCUCAUUUAAGGAGGUGAGGAUCUGGAACCGCACCAAGGAGAGAGCUGAAAAGUUUGCACGCUCCGUCAGUGGCCCGGUGCAAGUCUGUUCAUCCGUCCAAGAGGCUGCCAGAGGGGCGGAUGUGAUCAUAACAGUCACCAUGGCAACAAAGCCCAUUCUGCACGGUGAAUGGGUGAAACCUGGAGCCCAUAUCAAUGCCAUAGGGGCCAGCAGGCCUGACUGGCGGGAGCUGGACGAUGCCGUCAUGCAGAACUCAGUGUUGUACGUGGAUUCCAGAGAAGCUGCUUUGCGUGAAUCAGGGGAUGUCAUUUUAUCGGGGGCGGAGAUGUUUGCUGAGCUCGGCGAGGUGUUGUUGGGAACGAAGCCAGCUUUGCGUGAGAAAACGACUGUGUUCAAAUCACUGGGCAUAGCUAUUGAAGACACCGUAGCAGCAAAAAUGGUCUUUGAUUCCUGGUCGGCUGAGAAUUGAAAUGAAGAACCACGACCCUCUUGAGCAACAAAACAA